AUGGCGAGUGACCCAACCACUCCGUGCGCCGAUGCCUUGGCGGACGACGCCAGUGGGGCCCAACCAUAUCCUCUCUUUGCACCCGCCAAUGCCGAGUCAUCGGCAACCCCUCUGGAAGAUCCUAGCGCAAGCGGACAUGACAUUGGGCCGAGCCUGCGCCGGCUGAUUGACAGCGAGGUGUUUACCAUGGUGAUGGCACUCCAAUAUCUCUGCUCCGAGCCCAAGGCUACCCUGUACAUUGCCCAACGGCUACAACGGUUUCCCAUUGCCGAAUGCGAGUUCUUCUUGCCACAAAUUAUCUCGGUCUACAUGACAGACCCUGAAAUGUAUCGUGGCCUCAAAAAGGGCUUUCUAAUGCCCAUGUGUGCCUCUCACAUGCAUCUAGCCUACAUGGCCUUGGUGCACCUGCGCAUCGCGCUCGUCUCCUCUCCCAUCUCGAGUCCGCGUCACUUUGCCAUUGCUCAACUCAUCAACGAUAUUAAACGCGUCAAGCUGAGCGUCACGGCGCCAUCAAUGUCCGCGGCCGAAGCCAUUCACGAAGUGGACGAGCAGGGUAUCCACACGGCCCGAGCUAGUGGGAUAACGGAGGACGCCGGCUUGUCGCUGUCUGCUCUUCGUCUGGGCACUGACAGCGAUGAUGACCUCGACGAAGGCACCCCGCCUCAGGUCCUCCCGCCCCACCAGCCUCAUGCCCCCCCGGCACCAGCAAGCAACAGCACUCCAGGGACCCCGCGGAAACGUGGACACCAGCGCAGCAAAAGUGACGUCGUCUCCGUCCGCACCCCUGCCCGACCGGCGAGCGCAGCCAGCGUCCGUCGCAUGGCUGAUACCGCUGGGGUUGGCCGCUCUCUUGCCGAUGCACCCAAUGCUUCGAGCUCCAAGUUGUCUGAUUGGCUCAUUCGGACCGAAUCGUCUCUUGAAGGCCAAGUGCAUCGUUUUGAAUGGCUCCAUGGGUCACACUCCAGCUUAGACUCUGGCCACGCCUUUGAUCCACGUGGUGGCUCGGGAACCCUGCGCCACGCGAACUGGGAUGUUGAGGAUGCUUUGCAUGCACAGGAAGCAUUCAUCAAUACUCUUAUUGCUAUUGGCGACGACCUUCGCCGCUUCCCAACAAAAGAUGCCCGUCGUGUGCAAUUACAGGCCUUGCUACGCAAACUAAAUCUGAAUCUUCCCGCGCGUGUCUAUCUGCCCAUGUUUGGACUGGAUCCGCAUCCAGAAGACGCUGCCGGCAUUGCACGCCAUCACUUUGUGGCUCGUAUCCCUCCCGAGGAGGCACUCAUUCUCAACAGCAAAGAUAAAGCCCCGUAUAUGAUCCAGGUUGAAGUUCUUGACUGCGAUGACUUUUUGUCAUCGCACGUUCCAAGCAAGCUGACGCCCAAGAACCGACUCGGCCACAUUCGGUCCUACUCCGAGGGUGGCGGGCUAGAUGAUCAAUUGUGUCCUCAGUCCGACUCGGAUUCGGGCAGCGUUGGUUCUGUUAUUGACAUUCGUCGUCGUCUUUCCAAUGCCGCCAACACAUCCGAUCAAGUGUUUGCCUCGCAGUCGCGGGACCCGUCGGCUCUGCGCGCCAAGGAAUCAUGGGUGGAGAAGGAAAAGCGUGUGCGCCGUCUGUCUCCUUACGGCCACCUCCCGACCUGGCAUCUCAUGCCUGUUAUUGUGAAAACGGGCGAUGACCUUCGUCAAGAGCUCCUUGCCAUGCAGCUCCUGCGCCUCUUCCAAGACGUCUUUCAACGAGAGCGCCUCAAGCUUUGGCUUCGACCGCUCAACGUCAUGGUGCUAACCGACUCGGCCGGGCUUAUCGAGGUCAUUGGCUCGGCUGUGUCGCUGCAUCAGACCAAGAAGCGCUCUGGCGACUCUUUGUUGACGUACUUUCAUCAACAAUUUGGUGAUGGAACGAGUGAAUCUUUUAUGAAUGCGCAGGAGAGCUUUGUGGAGUCGCUGGCUGCGUAUUCUCUCUUUACACACUUUGCCCAAGUCAAGGACCGGCACAAUGGCAACAUCAUGAUUGACAGUGCGGGUCGCAUCCUGCACAUUGACUACGGAUUCUUCUACAGCAACAGCCCGGGGCGCAACAUGGGCUUUGAAACGGCGCCCUUCAAGUUUCUCAGCGAUUUUGUUGAAGUCAUGGGUGGACUCGAGUCUGAUAUGUUCCGCUACUUUAGCAUGCUCAUGUUCAAAGGGUUUUUGGCGCUUCGAAAGCAUCAUCACGACCUUGUCACCUUUAUGAAGGUGUCUGCCAAAGGGAAACAAGGUUGGGCCUCUCAUUCAGUUGGCUUUGGUGUAGAUUCGACGCUUCCCUGCUUUUAUGGGGGUGACGAAGCACACCGGGCCUUUGAAGAACGAUUCCAAUGGGGUCUGUCGGACGAAGCUUUAAUGGACUAUGUGCAACAGCUCAUUCGGCUGUCGCUCGACAACGCCCGGACGCGCAUGUACGACAAUUUCCAAUACUACACCAACGGCAUCAUGUGA